UCAAAAGUGUAGAUUGCUUGGAGGAAGAUAGUUUGAAAAUAAGCUGCAUGUUUGUGUCAAGUUUCGAAAGACAGCUGAUUUUUUCUCUUCAAACACGAUCUGUCAUCAUAAAGAAGCGGCGCCAAAAUCCUCGCCAAAGUGUUGUAACUUUGCUGAAGUGGAACUGUUUAUUCUUAAAAGGAUGACACCGGAUUGAACCAUCAAGUGUUAGAAGUGACGAUAGCCAGAGUUAAUUGGUGUCUUUCGAAAACAUAGGACAAAAGUACUAGAAAUGAACAAUUGUGUUAACGUGCACUAUUACUGUGUUUUAAAUAAAUUGACACAACGAAAUAGUGGGAACUGUUAACUUUGGAGUUGUCUUCACAAUGAUGUAUAUCGUUAAAAGGAGCAGUGUCAACAAUAAGUAAAAAUUAAAUUAUACUUGAAUCAUAAGUUGUAUAAAACUAAGCAAUCAUGGCAGACGAAAGGAAAACGGAAGUAACGUCAAAGAGUUUCUCUAUCAGUAGCAUACUCGCUAAAGACAAAGACAAUGAAAAACACUCGAAGGAGAAAAGUCAAUUAGUGGACGAGGAUUCUCCUGCUGUGGUGUCAAAACUAGACUUACCCCUGGUGUCUGACCAUCCAACCUCACGGGGCUUUCCGCCGGUGUCGGAGGCCGGGAGUGGGGGGACGUUUGGUCUCCAUCCCUUACCUUCUUGGUACCACUGGUAUUCAGCGGGCCAACAAUUCCUUCAUCAUCUUCAUCAGGAGAACCUUUCACAAGCCUCCAGAAUAGCCUCCAAAGUGACCCAGCCCACAGAUCUGUCACCGAUAUUCAGGAACAGUUCGUGUACUUCUGUCAAGUCCUCAAUCAACAAAGAAGUCACAGAAGUCCUUCUGUCACCUCCGGAGUCUCCCUGCCCGGAUACGGAAACAAACGACUCAAAGUCUGAUGACGAGCAGAAGGUUUCAGACAGCCAACAGUCAUGUGACAUGACAGAUGACGACAAGAAGAAUAGGAGGAAAAAGAAAACCAGGACAGUGUUCUCUAGGAGUCAAGUAUUUCAACUGGAGUCCACGUUUGAUAUGAAAAGAUAUCUUUCGAGCUCAGAAAGAGCCGGACUUGCUGCGUCUCUACAGCUGACCGAAACCCAGGUAAAGAUCUGGUUCCAAAAUAGGCGAAAUAAGUGGAAGCGUCAGCUAGCAGCGGAGUUAGAGGUGGCUAAUAUGUCUCACGUGGCGGCUGGACAUAGACUUGUCCGCGUUCCUAUCCUAUAUCAUGACACUCCCCCCUCUUCUCAUGCCAGCUCUUCGCAGGAGGCAUCUUCAGGGUGCCUCAACUCAUCCCUGGCACACGCCAGUUACCGAGACUCUAUGUUCCUAUCGGCAGGGUACACCCAGAUGUCCCCAGCCCUCAGGUCCUCUAUGACUGGCAUGGUAUAGGACCGGAGUCGUAGACAAAGAACCAAGAACUGCAAGGAACUGUUCUGUUUGACAUUUUAUCCGACAGAUAUAAGUUCAGGAGAUUGUGCGAUAUGAUUUAUCAAAUCCUCACUGUGAGACAAAGUUUGUGGCAUAUUAUAAAAUACUCUAGGACCUUGUCAGUCUGGUGUCUGACUUGAUUCAAACGAGGUCAGCUGAAAUGACAAAUCACGAUGACAAUUAAGAAACAUUUUUGCAUAUGUGAGAGGACAUUUUCAAAAAUAGGCAGGCAAACCUUGAAUUUAUGUAGUAUAUGAUGAGAAGAACCGUACACAAAUGCCAUUAUAUAUAUAGUGGUCACCGUUGACAAAUGUGCAUGUUAGUGCCAUUUCCGUAGGCAUUGGACUUCUCUUGAGUUGACACAGUUUAAUGAAAAGUAUAUAUGAUGGACCGAAGUUGUUGAUUUGAGUGGUAAACUAGAGGACAAAAUGAAGAAUGAACAAAUUGUCAUGUAAACAUUUGACACAAUAUUUAAAUUUCCUUUAUGUAUGAUUUGGGAAAUAUAUACGGUUUCGUACGAUGUUGUGCUGCCUCAUGUAGACUAGGAUUUACAAGGCGGCGAGGGAAAGUUCAGAAACUGUAUAAGUGUAUCUCAUUUUUUUUUUUUGAUAUCGUUAUUGUGUUUUUGUAAAAAUAUUUUAUAAAAAUUAGCAGUUAGGCAGCUCUUAUUUAUAACAUUUUUUUACCAUUCCUUUUUUGAUAUACAAAUAUGAUUUACAGUUUACAUUAAUCAUAAAGAACUAAAACAUAGUUGAAUAUUUUCAUAGGGAGUAUUUCUAGUACGAUUAAAUAUUAAGUUAGAUCUUCAAACAUGGUAUUUAUGGCAUAUAAUUAUUCUACAGAAAUGUUUUUGUUAUUAUUUGAAAAUUCUCCAGUAAGAUUUGAAUGGUUAUAUGAUGGCCUGCUUUGUAUUUUGUUGUAUAGGAUAUUUAAGUUCAAUCUAAUUUUUUCUUUAAAACUAAAUUAUUGGGUUUGUUCUAUUCUGUUUUUGCUAUAAUAUUUUUUUGGGGGUUUGCUCCAUUCUUGUUUUUUCUUUAUAGCUAACUUAUUAGGUUUGUUAUUUUCCAUAAAUCUGAUUGUUGAGGUUUUGCUAUAUGUUAUCUUACUUUACAACAUGAUUUAGAAGAAUAUGUUCAAAAUAUCUAAAAUUUAGGAUUCAUCAUUAUCCUUUUAUUGUACUAAAAGAGGCCAUAUUUUACAUGUUGUCACGGAAUUACCAUGACUGUUGGUAUGUUGCAGUUCAACAACAGCCGUUCGUAUGAAUAGGAUUUAUUUUGUCUUUUUGUUUUCUGUUUAACAUUUUUAAUACUUAUUAUUUCGUUUUUGUAUAUUUUUUUCAUUUUAAUUAAAUUUUGUUGUACGUUUAUUUUCUUUUUUUUUAAACAAUCUUUAUUCACUUCUAGUCGGUAUGUGAUUAUCUUGCCAUGGGUAAAACCCAUUGAAUAGAAUUUAAAAUGUACCCAGACUUAUUGUUGUGUUUAACAUUUGUUCGAAGUGUGUAUGACUUUAAAAAAUUCUUUUUUGAAGUAAAGAUUUUGUU